AGCUUCCGACUCCUUCUUCUAGCACAGACUAGCGUCGCAUUUAUUCAUUUCAAAAGCCGUCUGCAUAUGCUCAUGUGAUCUUCUCCGCUCUAGCCCCCCUGCGAACCCCCGCCCUCCCUCUUUUUCCCCCUGAGCGUGCUCACUCCCUCGCUCCCUUACGCUCAGAUCCACACCCCCACUACCGACGCCAGUGCUUAGCUGUCGCGGCUUCCCGCGUACCCCCCGAGUUUUUCUUCUCGCCCAUAGCCUGCGUCCUUCAGUAGUCUUCUCUCGCUCGCGGAUCGCUCGCCCUCUGCUUCUGCUGCUGAUGCAUGUUCUCCUUUAUUUCGCCCCCACUCUCUCUCCUCCUCCUCUUCCACCUCUCUCUCUCUCUCUCAUGUUGUUGUCUUGGGCUCAGCUCUCGCCCCGCGACGCAUCUGCUGCGCCUCUCCUCCUCGCAUGCCCAACCAUCUCCUCAACAACAUCAACAACAACAACAUCUGAGGGCCUCCUGCCUUCUUCUUCUUCUCUCCUCGUGAACCAUCGCAGUAGCAGAUUCUCGUCGUCGUCGUCGUCGUCGGAUCAUUCCCCAUCAGGAAUGCACCUGCCGAAUCGCAGGGAAAAUUGAGGCGCUCGAGCAGCAGCAGCAGCAGCAGCGCAGGAAGGGCGGUGCGAGUGAUGUACAAAUACUCACACUACUUCGUAGUGGGAGUGUUCUGAGUGGCGCGCUCGGACAAAGGACUGGUCGAUGAGCGUUGCAGUCGCUCAACAGAGGCAGGUCAUGCUCUUAAGUGGUUGUGCGAGUGAGCAGCACGCGGGAGACAGCGUGGAUGGCUCCCAGUCGCUGCUCCACCCGGACAAGAAGACGAACUCGAACCUGUUCGCGCAACGAGCGCUGCAAGAACGUAGGCUGAAACCGCCCGAUCAGAUUAUCGCCUGCCCCCGAUGUCAGUCUCUAAAUACGAAGUUCUGCUACUAUAACAACUACAGCCUGACGCAGCCGCGGCAUUUCUGCAAGAAUUGCCGACGGUACUGGACGGCGGGGGGCACGCUGCGCAAUGUGCCGGUGGGCGGAGGGUGCCGCAAGAACAAGAGGGCCAAGCAGCGCAGCUCGGACCUGUCGAGCGUGCUCACGUCGGUCGAGUCGUCGGGGCCAGGGAUGAGGAACGACGGAGGGGGCUCGGCAUUGCACCCGGCCUACAACCCGGGCAGCGCCAGCAGCAGCGCGAGCUACUUCGAGCAGCAGUACGAUCUGGAUCCGGCCAAGAUGGCGCUGCGGCAGUCGAUUCGCGCAGGGCCGUCGGGCGUGAGCCAAAGCACCGAGAGCGGAAUUAGCUCGAAUGGCCACGUCUCGGCCUUCAGCGGCGUCACGCACGGCUCGCAGGCGGGCGGCAUGUCGCACAGCGCCCAAUCGACGUACGAAUCUGCGGGAAUUAUGAGCCUGGGCGGCUUCUACACGCCCGUCAAGCAGGACGUGGCGGCGCUGGCCAGCGGCGAUCUGAGCGCCAUCUUCGACAAUCCGCACGCGCACGUCCAGAGCUUCCGAGCGGCCGCUGCCGCAGCUGCGGCUGCGGGCGCCGGCCCGGCAUUGGGCGAGGAGGCGAUUGGGUACCAAAUUAACUUAGAGCACCUGAACGGAGCAAUCGAUCCCGCGGACGUGAACGUCCAGUGGCGAUUGCAGGCCGCGGCCGCGCAGAAGCAGCAGCAGCAGCAGCAGCAGCAGGUCGGGAUGUGGGGCUCGCUCGAGGAGGACCAAGAACAUAGAGGGGAGGCUAGGCAGAAUCUGCACCACGUAGACGAGAAGGGCUUGAUGGAGAGCUUGAGACACGCCAAGGGCAAGUCGGCAAUUUUGUCACCCUCGAGCGCCGUGGACGAGGUCGAGCCCGUCACCACGCGCUCGCUCAUAGGAUCCGGCGGCACGAUCUGGCAACCCGUGCCCGAAUCGCUGCAACCCUUCGAGCCCGUGUCGCACGAUUCGACAUUCUGGGGCAACCAAAACUGGCCGCCGCUGGGCGACCUGCACCCGACGCUGAAUGGCAACAGCAACAGCGGCGGAGGGGGCGGCGGCGGCAGCAGCAACAACAAUAACAACGCCAACAGCAACAGCAACAACAACAACAACAGCCAGCUCCUUUGAGCUGGUGCCAUUUUGGCGCCCGCCCGCCCGCUCGCGCCGUGGCCUCCCCGAUACGUGUUCCCUAGCUCCAGUGGCUGUACUCUAGCUCCCCGUGGCUCUCUGAUAAGAUCAUCUACCUCGCAGCGGCCUCUCUGCUUACCGUAGCCCCGGGGGCGUUCUGAUACCUGACGUCUUAAUCGGCCCAGUCUUCCCGACGUACUCUACAAUCUCGAGCUCGAGGCAGUUCGCAGCUCGAGUAUCUACACAGCGAGUUAUUUCUCGCACUAGUCGGAAAGCUGGACUGGGGUCGAGCCCUCUCGCAUUACAACUCCUUGCAGUUUACACAUCUUCGAGUCAUUUCCCCAGGUGGAAAAUCGGACGAGGGUCAAGCCCUACACAUUACACCUCUCUUCUUGCAGCAGCUUACACAGCUUACACAGCUUGAGUCAAUUCGCCCCGGUGGAAAUCGGAUUAGGGUCACGCCUACAUUCCACUCCAGAGAGUCAAGCUUCACCGAAGGUCUACUCACUCUUGGUUUAUGAGACACCUCUUACGCUCCUAUUCUUUGCUGACGUAUGCUAAUUAGAUGGAUAACCAUUGAAUCUGCAUAUUGUUGAAGGGUGUCCGAGCCCUCAAGACAGCCUGCGUUCUGCCACCAUUGCUCGAAGCACAAUGGUACGAAGCACAAUAAGGCCAGUGCCCGUCAUCCUCGCAGUCCAUAUUCCGUCCCCGCACGAGAACUCUCGGCUGGCCAAUUACAUCGACUUUUUUUCUCUUUCGUUAUAGGGGUCAGUCUUCGUUAGCAGCAACCAACCGAACCGACCGACCACAGUAGCUUCCAUUACUCUCCCCCCUUACUCUCUCAAACCUCUCUCUCCGUAUCAACAGAGGAUUGAAACACAGAUAGACUAUAUUGGCUACAGCCUGCUGUACGAUUCAUAGCAAUAGUUGAAUAGCUCAGUGUUGUAAAACCACCAGGCUCCCAUCGACUGAAACCAUCUUGGACACAGCGUUGUAAAUGGCACUCCAAUCAUACGCACCGCUUGAUGUAAGUUGUUACUGGCAACUGCCAUGAACACAAAUCCAUGUAUAAAGGUCCCUUUCACCAUGCUAUAUAAAUACGCGUCUUUCACCCCCGUAAGCGCUGUGAGCGACUCUCAUUGUACUGUACUUUGUAUUCAUUUCAAUUCUAUUCAUAUUCGACGUUCGCAUUCUUCCUCGCAUUCUCUGGAUCCGAGUAAUUGCCUCGAUGUGCAUGUUUUGUGCUUCUGGAUGUGCUUCUGGAUGGCUGCUCAAUUUCUCCUCGUCUUCUGUCACUCCUGUCUGUCUUCUGU